CUUAUUUAUUACCCAUUCGUUAGAUAUUUAGUUCUGUUUGCUUAUUUCCGGAUAUUUUGAUCAUAUUCUACUGGUUUUCAGUAAUAGCGUUAACGUAUUGGCAAUAACUGAAUGUUUACAUUUUCAUUUUUCUUUUUUCGUCUUUCCUUCCGUAUUCCGUCAAAUUUGUGUUCUGAUUUGUCCCCUUACUUUUCAGUAUGAUAAUUCCUGUUAUCUUGUGCAAUGGAUUGAUAAAACAAAUCUUAUUAGAAUUUUUUGACGCAAUGUCAUAGUAUAUAAAAGCAUAUCAUAAAACUGGCAUAAUUUAAAAGAUGAGCUUUAAUGAUCAUCUACGCAUUUAUAACUAUUUUACUUAGACGAAUUAGUCAGUCAAAUGUUUUUACGAGCUUCAAUAAAUAUUCUGUUGCUUAGUCUUUUUAUUAAUGCGAAUGCUGUAGUGAAGAAUGAUACAAUUGUUUAUAAAAGAGCUGUUUCUGUGUCUCUGGAUGGAUCCUGGGUAGCAUAUAAUAGUAAUAGAAGUAUUGUCGUUUCAGCUGUUGUUCCUGGCUCCAUCUAUACUGAUUUAUGGCGAAAUAAGUUAAUUGAUGAUCCAUAUUUUAGAAAAAAUGACGUAUUAUACAAAUGGAUUGGCACUGAAAAUUGGACUUUUUUCAAAAAAUUCAAUGUUGAAUGUCAUCUCUUGCAGAAGAAAAGAAUAAGUUUGGUUUUCAAUGGUCUUGACACAGUUAGCAAAGUAUUUCUAAAUGACAAAUUAAUUGGUUCUUCAAAUAAUAUGUUUGUGCGUUAUGUCUUUGAUGUCAAGUCUACCCUAAAGGCUAAUAAUACUCUGAAAAUUUCAUUUGAAUCUCCAGUCCUUUACGCUUCCAAAAAGAAUUCAAAACAAGUUCUAAACUAUGUUAUUCCUCCUACUUGUCCUCCUCCUGUUCAAAAGGGUGAAUGCCAUGUUAACUACAUUCGGAAAAUGCAGAGCUCUUUUAGCUGGGAUUGGGGUCCAUCCUUUCCAACUCAAGGAAUAUGGAAAUCAGUUGAAGUAAUUGGCUACAAUUCAUUACUAAUAACAGAUAUUACGGUGGUGACUACCCAAUCCAAUUAUAAAUCAGAGAAAAAAAUGUUUGACAGCAUCAUCGUUACCAUGUUUAUGGAUACAGCUACGUUCGAAGCGGUUAGUGGUAUGCUGAAAAUUGAUGUGAAUGGAACUGAACUUUUCAAUUCUAAAAUUGCAGUCAAGCCAGAUUCAAAUUCAAAAUCUCAAUUAAAAUUUAAUUUAAAAUUACCAAAGGAUUUUGAUGUACAGCUUUGGUGGCCUAAUGGAAUGGGGAACCAGCCUCUUUACUUGUUAAAAGUAAAUUUUUCUAAUGAUGAAGAACGAUCAUAUAAGGCUGUUAAGUUUGGUUUCAGAACCAUUGAGCUUGUUCAAGAACCAGUGGAAAAUUCGUCUGGAUUAAGUUUUUAUUUUCGUGUGAAUGGCAUUCCCUUCUUUGCAAAAGGAUCAAACUGGAUUCCUGCUGACAGUUUUCAAGAAAGGAUUUCUUCUAACUAUAUUAAAAAUCUUCUGCAAUCUGCAAAGGAUGCCAAUAUGAAUAUGCUACGGGUCUGGGGAGGUGGAAUUUAUGAAAGAGAUAUUUUCUAUGAGCUGGCAGAUGAAAUGGGCCUGCUUAUUUGGCAAGACUUAAUGUUUGCCUGUGCUCUUUAUCCAACAGAUGAAGAAUUUUUACAGUCUGUCUCAGAAGAAAUAUCACAAGUGGUGCGCCACCUGCAACAUCAUCCAAGUGUCUUAUUAUGGGCUGGAAAUAAUGAAAAUGAACAGAGUAUUUCAGGUCGAUGGUGGCCUGCUGUUUCCCGGUAUCUGAAACAGUACAAAACUGAUUAUGUAAAGCUGUACAUUGAUACCAUUAUGCCGAUUGUGUUGAAAGAAGAUCCCUCACGUGUUUUUCUGCCAUCAAGUCCAUCUAAUGGACCCAAAACUACCAAGGAAGGAUGGAUUUCUGAUGACCCGCAAGAUCUGCAUUUUGGAGAUGUACACUUUUAUACCUACUCUGGUAACGAAUGGGAUCCUUCUACUUUUCCAAGAGCUAGAUUUGUUUCUGAAUAUGGUUUUCAGUCAUACCCUUCGUUUGAAUCACUAGCUAAUGUUUCCAAGCCUGAAGAUUGGGUUUAUCCUUUUAAUGAUUUCAUGCAACAUCGACAACAUCAUAUGUUUGGGAAUGCUCAGAUUGCUAGAAUGAUUGAAGAACAUUUUAUUUUACCUUCUAAAAGUUGUGGUGUAAAUGGUUUCAAAGAUGUUUUGUACUUAUCUCAAAUUGUUCAAAGUGUUGCCAUAAAGACUGAGACUGAAAAAUAUCGGAGAAGCCAGAGUGAGAUCAUUGAUGGUGUUGGCAAAACAAUGGGGGCUUUAUAUUGGCAGUUGAAUGACAUAUGGCAAGGGCCUUCAUGGUCUUCCAUAGAAUAUGGAGGAAAGUGGAAGAUGCUACAUUAUUAUGCAAAGAAUUUCUUCUCUCCUGUUUUAGUGUCCCCAUAUGAAGAAAAUGAUACAAUACACGUUGCUGUGAUAUCCGAUUUACUUAAACCUCUACCUCAAUUACAGCUUGAUGUUUCCGUUUUUAAUUGGUCUUCAUUUGAGCCUUUGUAUGUCAAAAAAAUCACUUUUUCACAGCCUCCAAGUUUGUCUCAGAUUGUUUAUCAAGAAAACGUCGGCAAUCUAUUGAAAAUGGCAAAAUGCUCCUCUCGUAAAACCUGUUUCAUUUAUUUUGUUGUCAGUUCAGCAGCAGAAAGCAUAUCUUCAAAUAAUAUCCUGUACCUUUCAGAUUUUCAUUCUACAGCUGUAAUUGAAAAACCUAACAUUACAACUACUGUGAGUGGCCCUUAUGUUUCUGACAUUUCACCUUUCACAUUCAAUGUAACUUUAAAAACCAAUCAUAUUGCUCCAUUUGUCUGGCUUGAUGUUGAAAAAAAUCCAGGAAGAUUUUCUGACAAUGGUUUUACAAUGAUAUUUGAAUCAAUGAAUAUUUUUUAUUAUAGCAAACAGAACAUUAGCGCCCAAGUCAUUUCUCAUAACAUGAAAGUUAAGUCAUUAAGAGAUUGUUGUCAGUCUAUUUGAGACUUGUAUGCACAUUGUAUGCUUAAAUUUAUUAUUGAUUGAAUAAAUUUUUAUUUUGUUAUGUA